UCUCUCUAGGAGGUGGGUGGGGGGACGCGAGAAGCUGCUGAUCAAGUGACCCUCUUUCUUGUUUCUGGAGCACCAGAGAGGAGAGGAGGAGAGGCAUCAAGAUCUGCAUCUGCAUGUCAUUCUUGGAACCCCCCUCCCCUCCUUCUUGACCCCAAUUCAGCUUCAGGAGGGGUGGAGCAGAUUAACCUGCGGAGCGAUGCAGCCAGGAGGAGGGUCCCACUCCCACUACGGCGGCCCGCCUCCCCCCGCCGAGCCCCCCUCGGCCGCCGCCCCCGCCCCCGCCCCCCAGCACCAGCAACACAUGGUGGUUGAGGAGGCCUCCCCGAUAAGCAGCCGCCCGCCCGCGCCUUCCGGCCUCGACGAAAUCCUGCCGCUCUCGGGCGGCGACAUGGACGCCCUCGCCGCGGCGGCGGACGUGGGCGGGAGCAGCGGCGGGGGCGGCGGCGGCGGAGGGAACCGGUGGCCGCGGCAGGAGACGCUGGCGCUCCUCAGGAUCAGGUCCGAGAUGGACGCAGCGUUCCGGGACGCCACACUCAAGGGUCCACUCUGGGAAGAUGUCUCCAGAAAGCUAGGUGAACUCGGAUACAGAAGAAGUGCCAAGAAAUGCAAAGAGAAGUUCGAGAACGUCCACAAGUACUAUAAAAGGACCAAAGAAGGCCGUGCUGGUCGUCAAGACGGCAAGACCUACAAGUUCUUCUCCGAGCUCGAAGCCCUCCACAGCACCGCCGCCGCCACUGUCGGAAUGUCGCCAGCUCCGGGUGGUGGUGCUGCCGCUGUCGCUGCAGCCCCGGGCGGUCUCUCGGUGCCCCCGGUUUCAAUCGGGAUAUCGUUCGCCAACCCCGUCCCAAUCUCCUCCCUCCGCGUCCAGCCUUCCGUCUUGACGCCUCACCCGCCCCAUACCCACCACAUAUUUGCACCCACCACAGCACCCGGGCUGGCAGCCCCACCCGCGGUGUUGGCUAGCCCGAUGGGAUUGAUCUUCUCGUCAAACAGUUCAUCCUCGUCUGGCAGAUCGGAGGACGAGGACGAUGACGAGGAGGAUGAAGAGGAAGGCGAGCCGUCCACCACGGGCAGUAGCCGCAAGCGGAAGAGGGGGCCGGGCGAGACGAGCGGCAGCGGCGGUGGGAACCACCGUAGGAUGAUGGAGCUCUUCGAGGGACUGAUGAAGCAGGUGAUGCAGAAGCAGGAGGAGAUGCAGAAGAGGUUCUUGGAGGCCAUAGAGAAGAGGGAACAGGAUCGGAUGAUAAGAGAGGAGGCGUGGCGGCGGCAGGAGAUGGCCAGGCUGGCCCGGGAGCACGAGAUCGCGGCCCAGGAGCGCGCCGCCUCCGCCUCGAGGGAUGCAGCCAUCGUCUCAUUCUUGCAGAAGAUCACAGGUCAGAAGAUCCAUCUGCCAACAACGCCAGCGACUGUGACGACUGGCGUUCCCCUUCCCUCUCCGGCCCCGCCACCCAAACCACAGGUUCAACCAACCCAUGCCGCUCCUCAUCCACAACCGCCGAUGCCACCACCUCCGACGUAUCAAGAGCAACCGCAGCAGCAGCAGCGACAGAACAUCAGGGUCGUCACGCAUCCACUGCCCGCUUCGACCGAAAUAAUCAUGGCUGUCCCCGAGCAGCAAGUGCCGCCACAGUCUCAAGAACUCAUCCUUAGUGGCGGAAGUGGUGGGGAGCCAUCAUCCUCUUCGAGGUGGCCGAAAGUGGAAGUGCUCGCACUGAUAAAGCUGCGGAGCGGGCUUGAGUCGAGGUAUCAAGAGGCUGGCCCUAAGGGGCAGCUGUGGGAGGAAAUCUCUGCUGGCAUGGCGAGGAUGGGGUACAAGAGGAGCGCCAAGAGGUGCAAGGAGAAGUGGGAGAACAUCAACAAGUACUUCAAGAAGGUGAAGGAGAGCAACAAGAAGCGGCCCGAGGAUGCCAAGACCUGCCCGUACUUCCACGAGCUCGAUGCCCUUUACAGGAGGAAGGUACUCGGCGGUGGUGGCACAACCAGCGGCGCAGCUGCCACCUCCGGGUCCGCAGGGUUUAGGGCCGAGCUGUCUCCGAGUACGGCGAACUUGGAUGCUCGUCCGGUAAUCGCUCAGGAUCCACCGCCGCCGCCGCCGCCGCAGGCGCAGGCGAGUGAGCCCGAACGUAAAGAUGGUGGCGGCAAUUCGGGUGCACAAGAGAGGAUAGUUGAAGAAGGAAACGGAGGAUCACUUAAGAAGCCAGAAGACACCGUGAAAGAGCUCAUAGGGCAAGGGCAACAUCAAAAUGAACACUUGGACUCGGAGCAACAACAUUUAACGGUAAAUAGCAGUAAUUACAGUGAUAAAAAGGAGGAGGCAGGUAACAGUGAUAACGUCGAAGAUCAGGAGGAAAAUGAAUUGGAAGAGGAUGAUGAAGAAAACGACGAGGAUGAAGAAUUGGAAGAGGAGAGGAAGAUGGCCUAUAAGAUUGAAUUCCAGAGGCCGAACGCAACAGCGCCCCCGAACGGCGGAGGAAGCGAGGCGCCGUCGUUUCUAGCCAUGGUUCAAUAGAGACCUCUACCGGUGGUGCGACAGCAGUUGGUGGUGGUGGUGGUGGAAUCCACCACCAUGCAAGAUUGUACCAUAUACACACAUGUAUCUGCUCAAAAAAGCUCUUUUUAAAACAUACCUUUCGAAAUUAUUUUUAAGCUCAAAGCCUAAUAAAUUUUAACAUUAUUGUUCCUUCUUUUUAUCUUUUCCCCUUCUUAAUUUCCAUCCCUUUCUCAUUCUUCUUCCCCUCCAAAAACACACCACCCUUCUUCAUCGCCUGUCUUCUUUGGUAGAAAAAUCACGAGAGCAAUUUUUGUGGCGGAGUUCUUCGAAGGCACUGUCGGUUUCCACCGCGCCCCCGUGUCUCCCCGAUUCGUUCGAUUCAUUUGGUGAAUAAAAUGUAGCAACUUGGGAGGGCAAAGUGGAAGGGAAACUUGGUAUCGAGAAAGGAGGAGAAUAAAGCUUGCCAAGAGAAAGCAGCAUUCAAUUCUUGAAGAGGUGAGAGAGACAAGAAAUUCAAAGAGAGCCACUUGAAAGAAGAGUGCACAUGGAAGAAGAAGAAGAAGAAGAAGAAGAAGAAGUUGAUCUCAUUUGGUCGUUUCUGCUUGAUAUAAUUGCUUCACUUAGGAUUCUCUCUCGUUUCUUCGGUUGUAUGAGUUCAAAAGCAGCUGGGUCUUUGUUGUUUUUUUUUUCAUCUCACUUUUGAUUUAUUGCAAUUGUAUAAUAACUCUCAUUGUCCAUGUUAAUUAAUUUAACCCUUUCUUUAACA